CUUAUCGCAUCCCCCAUGAUAUAUACGGAUGACCUCGAAAUCGAGCACAGUUUAGAAUUCACCACUUCUCCAUACAUGUACCCAACGCGGAAUUGAAUUCAUCUAGUCACUCACCUUGCUGAUGCAACAUGAUUGAUUGAAUACUGUCUCAGAUGGUGCCCCCGAACGGCCAGCUGCCACUCCUUUUGAACCCGGGCCUUCCCUUCCGCUGCCCAUCAUAACGCCAUCGACUCCAGGGUGAUGCGAGACGUACGUCGACAAUCUGCACCAUCUUGUUCAUCGCCCAUAGCCGCCAUGGACCGCUUUCGAUCGCUAUUUCAGAAGAGAGAUGAUGAGCCGGAAUACGAGCCUCUGAAUGAGGAUAGGGAGGGACACUUCCGGGAAGCUCGACAUGACCACGACAACGAAGCGCCCUUCUCGUGGGUCGAGUAUGGCAUCUUCGCGUUGCUCGGCGUUGCCAUGCUAUGGGCGUGGAACAUGUUCCUCGCCGCAGCACCCUACUUCCAGAGCCGAUUCCAAGACAACGAUUGGGUGCUACAAAACUUCCAGUCUGCUAUCAUCUCCGUCUCGACCAUCACGAAUCUGACUGCCAUGACCAUCCUUACCAACAUUCAAUACACGGCGUCAUAUCCAUUCCGAAUCAAUACUGCGCUGUACAUAAAUAUCGCAGUGUUUGCACUUCUGACGCUCUCGACUAUGGCGUUUGUCGACGUCACGCCGGGCCAAUACCUCGGUUUCUUGCUAGUCAUGGUGGCAGGCACUGCUUGGGCAGCCGGGUUAAUUCAGAACGGCGCAUUCGCCUUUGCGUCAAGCUUCGGCAGGCCAGAAUAUAUGCAAGCGAUUAUGGCAGGCCAAGGUGUCGCUGGUGUGCUUCCACCUGUUGCCCAGAUCAUCUCGGUGCUUGUAGCUCCCCCACAAGAGGUUAGCCCGGAUGCACGGGGGGGUGAACGAGAGGCAGGAACAGCAGCUUUCAUAUACUUCCUUACUGCGGUCAUUAUAUCCGCUAUUGCCAUCCUAUCAUUCAUCCCGCUCGUGCGACGCCACAACCACAUCGUCGAGAACCGCAUGGUGGACCACAUGGCCGCAUCUAUGAACAACAUCGAAGAGGCCGAGCGCGCAGCGCGCAAGGUGGUCAGCAUGACCACGUUAUUUAAGAAACUGCGCUGGCUUGCCGCCGCCGUGUUCAUGUGCUUCGUAAUAGCCAUGUUCUUCCCUAUCUUCACGCCCAAGAUCCUGUCCGUCACGCCGCCGGAGGAAGCCGGGUCGCUACUGCAACCGGCUGCCUUUAUCCCGCUGGGUUUCUUCUUUUGGAAUCUAGGCGACUUGGGUGGCCGGUCGAGCUCGCUGAUCCUGCCAUACAAGGGACGGCCGGCGGUGCUCUUCGCCGUCAGUCUUGCAAGGACUCUGUUCUUGCCGCUGUACGCGCUGUGCAACAUCCAUGGAAAAGGUGCAGUAAUCAGAAGCGAUGUGUUUUAUUUGCUGCUGGUGCAGUUUCCAUUCGGGCUGACGAACGGAUGGCUGGCGUCGAACUGCAUGAUGGCUGCCGGCGAGUGGGUAGAUGAGGGAGAGCUGGAAGCGUCGGGAGGCUUCAUGGGACUUUGUCUCGUUGCAGGAUUGGCGUUUGGCAGCUUGUUAAGUUUCACAGCUGCUGGUAUAUAGUGAUGAUGAAAGGAAAACAUGUUUUCAUAAGUGCAUGGCGUUGCAUUCGGAGUAGACAUGGAUGGCACUGCGGAUAUAGAACGUUCAAUUCCACAUCACUGGAGCCUUUUGACUGCUUCCAACCCUGAAUUGAUUGCAUGUUCCUUGUUUCUACUUCAAAUCGCAACCAGUAAACUUGCUGUGAAAAUGAAAUACCUAGGUAG